CGGCGCUGCUCCCUCUCAGGAGAGGCCGGUUACUUCCGUGCUGUCCCGAGGUCCUGAGAGGAGCGUCCCGUGUGCGGUGUGAGGUUCGCAGUUUGGAGAUUGUGGGUGCAGGCGUACUGUCUGUACCUUGGAAGACACGAGUAGAUGGAGAGGCCUCAGAGGAAGCGUCUCAGGAGGGUUAAGGAUGCCUCAAAGGAGAUUCAGGAUGCCCCUAUGGAGGCUCAGGAUAUGGCAGCCUGUGACUCUGGGAGUCAGGAGAGAAGAGAGCUGAGUGAGCCAGAGAGUGUUUGCCAAGAAAACAGCUCAGUGACUGAAACCCUCGGGGGGGAACAGCCCUCUGCAGAAACAUUUCAGGAAGAUUUGCGGAAUGAAAUACAGAAGAUGCUGGAAGAAUUUAGAGUUGACAUGAAACAGGCUCUUCUUGCAAAGAGAAAAAAGUUUGAGAUGAACACAAGAGCUACUAUCAAAAUCACUAAUGAAAAACUUGAUAGUGUUUGGAAAACACACCAAGAACAAAGGCAGAAUCUUUAUCUCAAAUAUGCUCAGCAGUUUCAGACUUUGUUUCGAGAGUGGGAUUUAGACAUGAAGAAAGCCCAGGAACAAGAAGAAAAACUAGCUCGUAUGUUUCAAGAGCAACGAAAUGUUCUUCAACAAGCUAGACUUCUUCAGAGCCAGAGGCUGAAAAAAAUUAAAAAUUCAUAUGAGCAAUUCCUGAAGCGUAUGGAGGAGUUAGAGAAGGAUCAUGAACAUUUUCUGAGUGAUGAGCAAAGUGAAAUUAGACAAGGAAUGGCCAUGCUGCAAGACAAAAUUAUCGUUGAAGCUCUGCAGAAUGAACUGCAAAUGCUUCAAAAGUUUCUUCUGUCCCUGUUAUUCUGAGGGCUUUGGAGAAAGAGCUUGAACCCAAGUUGUAUGAUACAAGUGCAACAUCAGCCACACUGAAGCACAUUAUUUUAAAAAUUGUAGUUGAAGUGGGUACAUCUUGUUUAUCUUAGCACAUUUUUUCAGUGCAAGACAUCCUAUGUGUUAAAGCCCAUAUAAAACCUAAAGAGUUUGUGAUUAUAAUCAGCAAUUCUCAAAUUAUAAGCGUCAAGCUUUCAGCUCUUUUCAUUAUUAACAUUGAUGUUUUGUGCCUAACACUGUCAAAUAA